CUGUCGCUUUCUCCUCUCUCCCCCCCACCCCCCAGUCAACACACAACCGCGACGGGAAUCGAACGGCAAAUGUGAGCGGCUCACAGAGGAGCCACGAUGGGAACCGCACCGAGACCUUUCCCUGGUGUCGAGCCGCUGAAGACGCUCCUGCUGGCGCCGUUCGUGCUGACGUUCGUGUUGGUCGGCGUCCAGGGCGAGAGCCAUGCGAUGGACAACGUCGCGACGGAGCGGAUGGCGGAGGAGAGCCACCGCCAGGACAGCGCCAAUCUCCUCAUAUUCAUAAUGCUCUUAACGCUCACCAUCCUCACCAUAUGGCUGUUCAAGCACCGCAGGUUCCGGUUCCUGCACGAAACCGGGCUCGCCAUGAUCUACGGUGUGUUGGUGGGUGUGAUCCUGCGGUUCGGCGUCCACGUGCCCCAGAGCAUGAACGACACGGUCCUCAGCUGUGCCGUCAACGCCAGCCCCGCCACUCUGUUGGUCAAUGUCAGUGGGCGAUUCUACGAAUACACCCUGAAGGGGGAAGUCAGCCGCAGCAAAGGUCACCAAGUGCAGGAUGACGAGAUGCUGAGAAAGGUGACCUUUGAUCCAGAAGUGUUUUUCAACAUUUUGCUGCCGCCCAUCAUCUUCCACGCUGGUUACAGUCUGAAAAGGAGACAUUUUUUCAGAAACAUCGGCUCCAUCCUGGCCUAUGCUUUCGUGGGAACAGUUAUAUCGUGCUUUGUUAUCGGGUUGAUCAUGUAUGGCUUUGUGUCCUUCAUGAAAGUUGUGGGACAGCUAGGGGGAGAUUUUUUCUUUACUGACUGUCUCUUCUUCGGGGCCAUCGUUUCAGCAACAGACCCAGUGACAGUGCUGGCUAUCUUCAAUGAGCUCAAGGUAGACGUGGACCUGUAUGCUUUACUGUUUGGGGAGAGUGUCCUCAACGAUGCUGUGGCCAUCGUCCUCUCUUCUGUUCUCCUCCGCUUGGAGAAACAGGGUAGGCAGGGCGCUGAGGCCAUUCACUCCUCAGGAGACGAUGGCCCAGUCUGGCCCGAGGGGGCGGAGGAAUGGCUGGGAGAAAACCAGACAUUGAGCCCCCGCUCCAUUGUGGCGUACCAGCCGACCGGAGACAACAGCCACAGCUUUGAGGCCAUGGCCCUGCUGAAGUCUUUUGGCAUCUUCCUCGGUGUCUUCAGCGGAUCCUUUGCUCUCGGUGUGGCCACUGGAGUCAUGACGGCCCUCGUGACCAAGUUCACUAAGUUGAGAGACUUCCCCCUGUUGGAGACGGCUCUUUUUUUCCUCAUGUCCUGGAGCACGUUCCUGUUGGCCGAGGCCUGCGGCUUCACAGGUGUAGUCGCUGUGCUGUUCUGUGGGAUCACUCAGGCUCACUACACCUACAACAAUCUGUCCCCUGAUUCUCAGGACAGGACCAAACAGUUGUUUGAGCUGCUGAACUUCCUGGCAGAGAACUUCAUCUUCUCCUACAUGGGCCUGACUCUCUUCUCCUUCCAGUCACAUGUCUUCAACCCUUUGUUCAUCAUUGGAGCUUUUGUGGCCGUGUUUCUGGGCAGAGCAGCAAACAUCUACCCUUUGUCCUUCCUGCUCAACUUCGGCCGCAAGAACAAGAUCGGCUCCAACUUUCAGCACGCCAUGAUGUUUGCAGGUCUGCGCGGGGCGAUGACCUUUGCUCUCUCCAUCCGAGACACGGCGACGUACGCUCGUCAGAUGAUGUUUUCAACCACCCUCCUAAUCGUCUUCUUCACCGUGUGGAUCUGCGGCGGGGGCACCACGCCCAUGCUGUCCUUCAUGAGCAUACCGGUGGGUGUGGACUCUGAUCAAGACAACUCUAGUUCUGCGGUGUUGGAUGGGUCGCAGCGGAGGAACACUAAACACGAGAGUGCGUGGCCGUUCAGGAUCUGGUAUAACUUCGACCGAAACUACCUGAAACCCCUCCUGACGCACAGCGGACCUCCUCUCACUGCUACGAUGCCGGCUUGUUGUGGCCCAUUGGCCCGAUGCCUCACCAGCCCACAGGCCUAUGAGAAUGAAGGUCAACUGCAUGACGAUGACUCUGACUUCAUCCUAAACGACGCCAGUGUGAGCUCCAUGUACGCCGAUGUUACCAUCAGCACCGACGCAUCCGGAUCCCGCACCAUCAACCGCAAUCGCUCCUCCACCACCAGCACAGGGUGCGGCCCGUAUGACGAAGGCCUGGACCACGAUCUCUCCCUGGCGGAACACGAGGUGCCGAUCAGAGGCACCCGUCUGGUUCUGCCGAUGGACGACCCAGUGGAUCCCCCGACCACGGUCACGCUGCCCCCGCCGCCCUCCCCGCCGCGCUCCGACCCUCGCAGGCACAGACUGUAAGACAUGCAGUGUCAGGAUCCGUAAAACCCCCAAAGCAUCUAAACUUAUUUUCUCAAGAAGAGAAAAUCUGUUGUUUUAUUUUUGAUUUUCAAUUUAAACUGUUUUUGUUUCAUGUUGAUCCAGACCUCCUCCCUUGUCUCUUGCUUCGUGACAAACUUGAGAUGCGUUUUAUUUAACUCUUGAAUGUGAAUGCACUAUACGUAAAGUAAGGUACUGUAAAUUAAAAUCACCUCAAGACUAUUGGCUACCUAAAUACAACGCAAGAUGCACAUUUAGCUAAUGUUUCAGGAGGCAAAAAAAAAAAAAUGGGGCGGUAGUAUUUGCUCCCGAGUGUGUACUACUGUGACAUUGUGCUUUUAUCUGUGCUCUCUCAAAGCUCCGAUCAUCCUCUGGCUGUGUGCAGUGAUCCCUCAAACAGUUUCAUAUGCAGUUUGCCCCAUUUCUCUGUGGUGAUUUUGCUCCUGACAAAAGAUCCUGUAUCUGUUUUAGCUUCUGUCAGGUAUUUGUAUGAUGAUGCAAUGUUCACAGGUACGCUGAAAUUUUGCUCUCGUGGCACUUACUAACAUUCAGUGUUGUUAUGGAGCAUUUUACUCACAUUGCUCGUGUAUCUCAAGCCUAGUUAAUGUGACCUGGAGCUCUCUUUCCCUGCGUCCUGUAUGUUUGCCUCUCGUCAGAGAGAUGAAACCGGGGAUUUUGAUUGGCCAAAGAGGGAGCAAUGAGACAAGGACAUUGGGAUCUGUGAUGGGAGGAGGGGUGUUCUUAAAAGAUAUUUCCUAAAGAUUACAGGUAAAUUAGAUGUGCAUUGAUUAGCCACUUAAUCGAUUAGUCGAUUGACAGAAACUUAAAUGGAAACUAUUUCAACAUUGCAGUAAUUCGAUCACUUAUCUUUUCUCUUAAUCGUAAUUUGUUAAGCAAAAAAAUACAACCGUCUGAUUUCAGCUUCUCAAAUAUGAGAAUUUGUUCUUUUCUUUAUGACACAACAUUUAACAGUUUCGGACUGUUUCCCUGGGAGAAAUUAUAAAUGGCAUUUUCCCUAUUUUUUACAGCAUGAAUCCUCAUAGAAUAAACAUAGAAUUGAUUAUUCAAGAAAAAUGAUUAUCAGUUGAAUGAAAAUAAUCUUAAAUUGCAGCCCUAAGCUACCAUAGAUUCCAUAAGGCCCCAAAAAUAAUGUUGCUGCUUCCGUAACGGUGUCCAGGAGCAUCUUAAGACCUGCCCGCCUCUUCUCUUCAGUCAGUCUUUUUAUUUAUAAAUGAUUUAUGUAGUUUAUUUAUUUAUUUAUGAUUUAUGUUUUUAAGUGUGACAGUGUGAAAACUCGUUUUUUUCCCCUAAGAAAAGCUCUCUGACUGAAGGUACGUUGUAAAGCAGGGAAGUGAUGGAGGCAGACGUUCAUUCUUUGCCGUCCUCUACGUUGUGUUCAUGUUUGAAACAAAUGUCAAACUGUAGCAAACGCUUCUACUUGAUACUUGGAAACUAGAGCUUCCCUGUUUGUGUGUGUGGCAAAUCUGGCCAAAGUUAUUGAUGUGAUAACCAGGGCUAAUUUCUGUUUCUUGUUUUUCUGUUGUCAUCUGGUUUAAUUGUAGAGAGAAAAAAAAGUUAACUGCGGCGUCUUUGUGAUGUGGUAUCAUCAAAGAUGACUCUUGAGGGCUGGCUGAACUGUUUUGAAUUAAAGUGCCUAUUCAGAAAUUCAAUUUACCUGAUGUAGAUUUGUAUAUAUUUGAUUUGCUAAUGUGCAGUAAUAUAAUCUCUUUUUGGUUUUUAUAUGACUCUAUAGUUCCUUUGUCAGACAUUGUUUUCCCAGUAUAAUAAGUUAACUGCCAUUUUACUUUUUGUUCUUGAAGCCCUAAAGAGUGCAAACUAAAAUAUUGAAUUUGCAUUAAUGCAAAAAUAACACUUCAUAUUUUGUCAGGUAUAAUUUUGCGAACUGAACUUGUGUUUAUUUGUGGAAACUGGAUUCUCAAAAGAGUUGAUGUGGCUUGAGUCAUUAGGAGCUGAAUUUAAAUUUGAAGGGAGAGAUUCUCAUUCACAGGAUGAUUGUUUGUCCGUUUUGGACGUUUUUUGGCAACUGAGCUUGUCCAUUCUAUUCUCACCUAAGUGAGAGAUAUGUCUACGCUGAGCAGGCCCGACUAACACAGCAAGGCUGACUUUUACGACCUGGGAAGGAAUAAAAUCCUGGUCAGAAUCACAUGUUUACUUUAAUUAUGUAACACUUUUAGUUCAUCUUCAAGCAGUGAUCUUUAUUUGAUGGGUUGUUUUCAGUUCAUUUACCUUUUGAUUUCAUGCUUAUAUUUGAACCAUAAAAACAAACUUGGUUUAUGUGGACAUUUUUAAGUUAAAUCUUACAAUAGCAGCCACAACUAAAACAAAAAAAAUCUGAAAAUGUUACACUUUAUUUCUACUGAUUGCAAAACUGUUUGACAGAUGUAUUUGUGAAUACUACACCUGCAAUAGGUCUAUAUGUAAAUGUUUUUUUAAAUGUGAAGUUACGUUGAGGGGAAAAAAGUUCAUCUCUGAUUGAGUAGAUUUUUCCCUGUGUUGUUCCGAAGUUAUUAACGGUGUGUCCUCAGACAUCCUGCGAGUGUACAGGAAGUAAAUAAAAACUCUGUUCAAUAAAAAAUGAUCGCGC